CUUUAUUUCCACUAACCCAAAGGUGCGCCAAACCCAUGACCUUUCCUUUUCUUCUUUGUGAGGCGCGGGCCGGCGCUUUCUCCAUUUCUUUCUUUCUUCUUCCUCGGAUACCCUGAUGGUAUAAUGCCAUUUCUUUUUCUUUCUUUACAGUCUUAAAGGUAUCCCCUUCGUACCACUGGAUGGCGGAUGUAUCAAGAAAACCAUGGAUUUUCUUCAUUCAGAUGCUUGAAUUUCAUCUUUCUUGCAGGCAAAAUCUAGGUCUGCUUUGUUGUUCUGGAUAAAGGGUAUAUUGGGAAUUAAGUGGUAUUAGUAGGAUUAAACUGCAUGUCUGAUAAUUUGAUGGAUGAUAUUGUGAUGGAUCUGGAUUUGAACCAAGAACCUUUGGACCCAUCUUCUGGUUCAGCUUUAGGAUUAGGGUCUUUGUUGAGUGAUUUAGAAUCUGCUCAUAGUAGGAUAGAGGAGAGAAUUAGGCAGCUUGAGGCUGUUACUGCUAGAGCUUUGCAGCGCCAUAGGUGGCGUCAGGCUCGGAGUACUAUUGAUACUGGUAAUAUUUCGGUUGACCCUGUAGUCAAUGUGGAUAGUGAGAUGCAAGGUCAGAAUAGGGUGAGCAAUUCGGAUAUGGUGGAAAGAACUGUUGAGAGGGGAAAAGGAUGCAAAAGGGAUAGUUCCCAUUUGGUAGCAAAGGCAUUAGAGAUGGAUUUAGUGGUUAAUAAGGUAGAUGAUGAUAGUGGGAGUUUUUUCGACUGUAAUAUAUGCUUGGAUAUGGCGAAAGAACCUAUCUUGACCUGUUGUGGACACUUAUUUUGCUGGCCAUGCUUUUAUCAGUUACCUUAUGUUGAUUCAACUACAAAGGAAUGUCCUGUCUGCAAGGGAGAGGUUGCAGAUGCAAAUGUUACUCCAAUUUAUGGUAAUGGAGAUGGUGAAAGCAUAACAGAACUGGAGUCUGGUCUGAAAAUACCACCACGGCCAAAGGCACGUCGAAUAGAGAGUGUUAGACAGCAGCGUGCAACUCAGGGUUUAUCUCACAUACCGGUUGCAGAAGCACUAAGAAGAAUUAGGACUAGUAUUGGAUUUGGGAACCACCCGCAGCAACAGGACAGCGGUGGAGUUAAUUUGAGUUUUGGUAGCAACUCUCAUGUGUUGCAAACUGCUGAUACCUUAAGCAGUAGGAGACUACGUUCCCGUCUUUUUUCUAGGGUGCUGUCAGAAGGUGCUGCGUCCCUUUCAUCAGAGUUAGAUAAUGCACAACGGAUGUUUGAGGGCCUUGCAGCAUCAUUCAGUGAUCGGCUUCUCCAAAGAAGUAAUGUUGAUGUUAUACCAGCUGUUCAUGGAGCAACAGGUGACGGUGAUUCUUUCAGAAGAGAUGCUGCUCUCAUACAGUCAAGUUAUCAAACUCUGGAUGCAGUUGCAAGGACAGGUUCCACUGCAUCUGUCCCAUCAUCUUCUCAAGCAAAUGAAGUUUCUGUCGCUGCUGUUCAGUUGGAAAACCUUACAACUGAUACUGGUGAUCUGCCUGCCAUACGAUCUUCCUUGGCUUCCAGGAGAAGAAACAUUUUGUCAAGGCUUUCUGAUGUAGAUCUCCGUGAAUCUAGAAGAAGAAGAUUGAAUUGAUGGCCUUUAAAUGAAUAAGGUAUAGUUUCCCAGUUAUUCUCUCUACCCAAUUAUCACCUUGCCAAUGCUUGUCAUUUUCAUUCCAUCGUGUUUUGUGCUAACUCUAACGCGGUUUGGGUAGAAACAAUUCCCAAAUAUCAACAAAGUAUCAGCAUUGCCUUUGACUCCUGUUGGAAGUGUAUUUCUACAACAUGUUUAGCUUCUUCUAGUUUUGGAAUUCACUAGCACAGUGAAUUUGCUUGGUAGGAGGCUUCCUCAACAAAUAAUCAGCUCUUGCUUCAUGUAUUAGGUACUUUUGUUAAGAACCAGUAUGAAGUAUGAAUUCUAUCUGCUUGUUCUCUACACAUUUGAUAAACAUCGUUGAUUGUACAAUGGAAAUUCCCAUUUGAUAAAUUGUAGUAAUUUAGUUUUCUACUUUGUUUAGAA